GUAAUACUAUGGGAGUGUAAUCAUCUAUGUGUUUAUCACCUGCCUGUUUGAUAUUCUGUAUCAGUUUAUUAAACACAUCCAGGUUCUCAUCUAUAUCCUUAGUCAGGUCAAGCCUAAACCUAAAGAAUUUUUCUAAUGAGAACCUGGAUGUGUUUAAUAAACUGAUACAAAAUAUCAAACAGGCAGGUGAUAAACACAUAGAUGAUUACACUCCCAUAGUAUUACUUAAUGCCAUUCCCGACUCUUAUAAUGAUGUUAAGUCCGCUAUUAAGUACGGUAGGGAUGAGAUUUCGUUAGACAUUGUUGUGAAUGGGUUAAGGAGUAAGGAAUUAGACCUGAAGCAUGCUAGGGGUAGUGCUAGUCAGUCCAGGGACUCCGGUGAGGCUAUGUUUGUUAGGGGUAGAUCUAAGGGUAGGUCUAAGAACUCUAAGCAAAAUAGUCAGGGUAAGAACACUAGUCAGCCUGGGAGGAAGAGGAG